UGUUACUUCACAGCAUGAUUGAGUUAUUUCCUAAAUCCAGUACUUUCCAUACAAACACACACAGUAUGAUGGAACCUCCUUCCAGUUCCCGCCAGACUAUUGUCUCAGUUCCAGUCAGUGAGACAGACAGAGCCAGAGAGUGAGCAAGAGGAAGCAGGUUUGAUGUAUUACUAAAAUAACUGCCAGGGAAUUUCUGGAGGAACAACCAUAAAUACUGCUAAACUCUGUUUGGAAUUAGACACUUUAUUUCCCAGCGGCAACAAAGUUGGGUGAUUCUGCGAAGAGCUGGUGAAGAACUGAAACUUAAAUCAUGGAGAAGGAAGAGAACUAUACCAGUCUACAGGAGUUUACUGAGGAUUUAUCCUCCAGAGGAAACAACCCUAUCCUAAACAACCACGGUGCCCAGGGGCUGAAGAGGGGGUCAGAGUGUCUAAGAGGUCAGACCGCCCUCUUUGUGCUGAUUGGUCUAUUGGUCUCCAUCUGCGCCAACAUCGCUCUGAGCGUGCUCUUGUUUAGCAGGCCUUUACCUAGUGUUCCCCUGGAGACAGCAGCUCUGACCCUGAAGCUGAACUCAGUUCGAGGACGUUAUGUCCUUCUCUGUGAUGACUACUCCAAACUGGGCCAGAGCUGCUCAAAGACAGUAAGGAAGUGUAGGGAGUGUCCUGAGGGCUGGAUUCAUGUAGAUGAGAAAUGUUACUCCUUCAGUAAUGACAAGAUGGACUGGCCGAGCAGCAGAGACAGUUGUACUUCCCUGGGCAGCCACCUUACCAUCCUGCACAGCAAGGAACAGCAUGACGCUCUGGAAAAAGAGGCCCGGAGGAUUGGCGGGUUUGACUACCACUUCUGGAUUGGCCUAUCAGAUCUAGAGAAGGAAGGAGAUUGGAAAUGGGUGGACAACACAACACUGAAAAACAAGUAUUGGAAUGAGUAUAGCUCUGAGCCUGACAACCAUCAGUCAGGAGGAGUACAUGGGGAGGACUGUGCCACCCUGGACAGCCACUCGCAGACCUGGUUUGAUGUACCGUGUGACCACAUCUACAAACGCAUUUGUCAGAUGGAUGCCAUCCGGCUAGAUUGAAUCACAGGACUAAAACUAAGCCAUGAACUUCCCAAUCAUAUAGAUCUACCGUCCAUUUAUUCAUUAAUGAUGGCAAUGUUUUCUUAAGUAGCUUGUCCUUUUUUAGUCUUUUAAGUGAUUUGAGAUGUUUUUGUGCAAUGAAAAGCACUAUAAAAGUGAAAUUCUUAUUCUUACUGGAAACAUUGGAACUACGAAAUUUACUAAACUACAGGAAACUAAACUAGGUUAUUGGUCAGAUUUACUCAACUACACUGCCAAUUGUGCAUAUUACUUUGUAUUUUUCAGAAACCAUAAAACAAAAUGGGGACAGGAAAGGUUAAGAGAAGGACUAAGAUAUAGAAAGGCAAGAGGAGAUAAAGAUAGUUUUAUGGUAUAGCUACUUUCAUGAAAUGUUCAUUCCCUACUGAAAAUAACAGAUGCAAAAAUCUAGCAAAUCUGGCACCUUCUGCAAGGAGAAUUUAAAUGAAUGCACUCAAUUUAGUAAAUCAGUUACUCUAAUCAAGGAGGUAGAUGCUCUAAUCAACUCUGCUGCUUGCCAAACUGAUUGCUGUGAUACUUGUUAGCAAUCUGUGUGCUUUUUUGUUAUGUGUGUGACCUGUACAUAAAUACCAGACAUAUUCUGUAUUGCUGCACUAACCAUGAAAAGGAAUUCCUGAGAGUUAAUGUGUCAAUAAAACUAUUUUCGAAUUAA